AUGCUUAUCUCACUCGCUCACUGGAGGAAAGACAAGACUCGAAUUCUGUUCAACCUGGUGGAUGUGCUUGUAAAACCUGGCAUCCAGAAAAGUGGUGGGAAAGGAGCGGGGAUUCCCACUUCAAUGGGGGUUCUGCUAGUUGGAGUGCCCUUACAGCCUUUUCAGAAAAGCCAUGAACCAGCCCUGUGUGUCAAAAACCACACACCAUAUUCACAAUAUAGGACACAUGAACAUCCGGAUACUUUAGGUCCGGUACGAGUUCUUCCCCUUUACGUCCUGUACCCUUUUCGACGUUCCAACGACAUCACCGACUUCGGUGGCCAUCAUCCACCCCCAGGAAUCCGCAAAGCCUCAAACUCCACGAAUGACACUACGGAGGCAAACAGCAGCUGGGAGAGUGAAGAUGAAGUGCGCACUAAAGGUCUGAUGGAGUGUAACUCGUGGAGUGGUGGAUUAAGAACGUCUAACGGAGUGAACAAGUGGACUGAGAGAUCUACCUGCCCUGCCACCAAGCCAAUGAAGUUCCUGAAGCCAAGUGCGCACUUCAGCACCGUAAUCGCGGUCAUGAGCUUAGUGACGCUGUCUCAGGGGGACGCAGGGGACGAGGGGACGCGUGUGAGACCCCUGAGGAGGGAGAAGAGAGGAUGGGUGUGGAAUCAGUUCUUUGUCCUGGAGGAGUACGCUGAGAACAAACCACUCUACGUGGGAAAGCUUCACUCUGAUUUGGAUAAAGGAGAUGGAUCUGUAAAAUAUAUUCUAUCAGGAGAAGGUGCAGGAACCACAUUUACACUGGAUGACAACACUGGUGAUAUCCAUGCUGUACAGAGGCUGGACCGUGAGAUGAAAGAGCAGUACGUCCUGCGUGCUCAGGCCACUCAUCGCCUCACAGGCCACGCCCUCGAACCCGAGUCCCGCUUCAUAGUCAAGAUCCAGGAUAUUAAUGACAACGAGCCAAAGUUCCUGGACGGACCCUACCAGGCCACCGUACCUGAGAUGGCUCCUGUCGGUACGUCCGUGACGAGGGUGACAGCGACGGACGCGGACGACCCAUCAUAUGGUAACAGCGCUCGAGUGGUGUACAGUGUUGUGAAGGGCCAGCCGUAUUUCUCUGUGGACCGACACACAGGUGAGGUGCGCGUGGCAUUGCCUGAUAUGGAUCGAGAGGUCAAGGGUCAAUACGAGGUCAUCAUUCAGGCUAAAGACAUGGCAGGUCAGCUGGGGGGUUUGGCAGGAAUGACGAUGGUCAACGUGACUCUCAGCGACAUCAAUGACAAUCCUCCCCAUUUCACUCAGAAGUUGUAUCAGAUGAGCAUCCCGGAAUCCGCCCCCAUCGGUUCUGUUGUGGGUCACGUCGAAGCUCAAGAUCAAGACUUAGGUCUGAAUGCGGAAAUGCGCUACAGUCUGAUCGACGGCGAUGGACGAGAUGUGUUUGAGAUCAGUGCCGACUCCACCAACACGUACGGCAUCAUCACUGUCAAACAGCAUCUGGACUUCGAGAAGAAGCACAGCUACACUCUGAAAGCAGAGGCUGCUAACACACACGUGGACAAGCGUUUCUCUGCUAACGGGCCAUUCAGGGACAUCACCGUGGUGCAGGUGAGCGUAGAGGACGUGGAUGAGCCGCCGCAGUUCAGCUCCACUCUUUAUUACGCUGAAGUUCGGGAAGACGCUGAAGUCGGCACUGUCGUGAUCGCUGUCUCGGCCCAAGAUCCUGACGUCACUAACAACUCCAUACGGUAUAUGAUUAAUCGUGUCAGCGAUCCAGAUCAGUAUUUCUCAGUGGACGUGUCCAGCGGUUCUCUGACGACUGUCCUCCCCCUGGACAGAGAGGAAAUGAGUUGGCACAAUCUUACUGUAGUAGCCAUGGAGACAAAUAACCCACUGAAUACAGCGAGUGUCUCUGUGGCCAUAAGAGUUCUAGAUGUCAACGACAAUCCUCCGUCAAUAGCGCAUUAUUACGAAGCCUUCCUUUGUGACAAAGCACGAGCAGGACAACUGGUCCAAUCACUAAGAGCUGUAGAUGCGGAUGAGCCAAUAGGAGGACAACGUUUCCGAUACACACUUGCUCCUAAAGCACUGAACAAUCCCAACUUCACCCUCACAGAUAACCACGAUAACUCCGCGAGGGUGCUAACACGGCGUAGUAGCUGGGUUUCUCAGAGUGUGUAUCAUCUUCCCAUCAUCGUCUCAGAUGGAGGAGAGCCGCUCCAGUCCAGCACGCACACCCUGACCAUCCGAGUGUGUGAGUGCGACACAGACGGAGACGUCUCAUCCUGCCGUAACGCCGACUCUCACACACUACCGGCUAACCUGAGCUCAACAGCACUAACCACCAUGCUCACCUGUGGCUCUGUCGUGCUAGUGAUGCUAGUGCUCAUGCUGUUCCUAAGCAGCAGCGUUAAAAAACCUUUCCCCAGCGACGAGGAAGAAAACGUGCGAGAAAACAUCGUCCAUUAUGAUGUCGAAGGAGGCGGUGAAGAAGACACUGCGGCGUUCGAUAUCACCAAACUGUGGAAGACACACACGGAGCCACUGAGCUACGCCGAGCUAGUCCUUAAUGACGUUAAACCACGACAUGGUGAUGUGAAGGAUGUAAGAGCAAACAACUUAAAGCUACGACAGGAAAAGCAACCUGAGAUCCACAGCCUGUCGUGCUACGUGUCUCAGACGGAUGCUAACAGGUACAGCACUAAGGCAAACGGCAGGAAUGUGUACGGCUACAUGCUAGCCAAGCUCUGUGAGGUGGACCUGGAUGACGAAGUGCCGCCGUAUGAUUCACUGCAGAUGUACGCCUACGAAGGCGAGGGGUCCGUCGCCGAGUCGCUCAGCUCGCUGCAGUCUAGCGACGAUGACGAGCUUGAUUAUGAUUAUUUAGAUGACUGGGGACCAAGGUUCCACACACUCGCAGAGCUGUACGGCACGAGCCAGAGUAAGGUUUAG